UUUUUCCAAAAUUGUAGCAGAAGAAAUUCUCCCGCACAGACGUACAAAUUCAAUAAAACAGCUUUGAUUUGUGGUCAUGGAGACGUGAAUGUUUUUUCUGCAGACAUCUACUCUCACAAUCGUGUUAUAGUACGUGCAGAUGUUCAAUAUUUCCAAGGAGGACUCUAAAGCUAUUCACCCCUGUUCUGCAGGUAUGUAGGGGGCGGAGCUUUCACACCACAUGGCUCAAUUGUAAGUGAAAUCGAAACCAUUUUCUUUAGUCACAUUACAUUCAAGCAGCUGAAGGAAGAUGAAUACAACAGAAAAGAGCUACGAUCCCAACGACAAAACUCUCAAGUUUGUGGACAGAGCUGAUGAAUUAGAUUUUCUCUAUGAAGGUUUUGCGUCACUGAGAGCAGAGAUGUCCUGUGGUCGUGCAGUGACUCCCAUGUCCCUCACCAAAUGGUGCUGCAGGUUUCUGAACAGGGGGGAGAGCCGGUUUGUUUGUGGGAUGACUGACUGUAAUAAGGAGUGGUCUUAUGAGGAGGUCUGUAAAAUGGCUCUGCUGACUCCUGAGGAGAAGACGUAUUUUGAAACAACUAUGAAAAGCAUUGAUGACAGAGAACGAAUGAAAAAUACAAAGUUGUGUCCUGAAUGUAAAGUCCCAGUGACGAGGAACGAUGACUCUAACUUGAGAGUGCGUUGCCAGGUUUGCUCAAAAAAGAAAAAGGACUUUGAUUUCUGCUGGCAGUGUCUGAAAGAGUGGAAGGGUCCACAGCCACGCUCAGACCGCUGUGACAAUGACGGCUGCUACAGUGAAGCUCUGACAACUCUGAAGAACUGCCCAGAAAUAGUUUUUCUUUCCGUCAAAGACGUCACAGGAUGUCCCUCCAUCAGAGCCUGUCCCACCUGCGGCUCUCUGGUGCAGCACAGCUCAAAAUACUGCAAAAGCAUCGUGUGUCCUCGAUGUAAGGUCAAGUUUUGCUUUGUGUGUCUAAAAAUCAUGACUGAAUGCACAAAAACAAGUAAACCAUAUUCAUCCUGCUCCAGUGGAGUCGCUCCCAGACAGACCUCCAUCCCUGUGAGGCAUCAAAGGUGAUGAAGAACAUCAGAGUGGGCCAGCAUGAACAAUCCAGGGGCGUAGCAAAUAAUUGUAGGGGCUCAAGAUUUCACUUAAAAAUAUUACUUUUGUUAUUUUUGCAGUGCUUAAAAGAGUUUCAAUUGACCAAUAUUGACUUAAAAAUUUGGGGGUCAGCUGGCCCCCUUUGCCCCCCCUGUAGCUCCGCCCCUAUUACGGAUGAAAAAAAGUGUUCCGGAACUUGUAUUAUUCCCUUAAAGUAUGUAUAAAUAAAGAGAUUUAUGCAAUUAUUAUUUCAUGUUUCUUAUUUUUUUGUGUGUACUUCUGUGGGUUAGAAUCUACGUUUAACCCUUUAACGCCUGAGAUGUCGCUGGCUACGCCUUUAACUUACUACAACUUUUCAACCAUUGGAGAAAGGUGGAGAAAAGCUGCUUUUCUCCAUUUCAGAAUCCACUGGACUUAUGUUGGUCGCCUAGAGUCAAAGAAAAUCAGCACUGGAGCUAAAGUUAAGACUGUGCUGCAUAGAGAACAUAUUUUGGAGUUUUCUUGCCCUCUUUUUGGUGAAUGCAGCCAACGAGGUACGAGUUUUAUUUUUUUAAUUGAUGUCACUUGUCAUCUUGAAACUUUAUAUUUAGGUUUGAUUAUUUGUGUGUUAGUUUGAACGUUAUUUUGUGACGUUAUGGACAAAUGAAGAAUAAAGUCAUUGUUGCAACAAACUAGGGUCUGUUUUCUUCACACAAGAGAGUAAAACUUUGUUUUAAGCGUAUCGUGGUCUCAUCAACCAAACCUGAAGUGAAUCCAGUGACCCCCACAGUGACAGACACCCAUGAAAAAGGCUCUAGUAUGAAGAACUGGACAGCAUAAGAUAUACGCCUGCUGGCUAAAGAAAGUCACUACACUCCAUGAGCGACUGGCUGCACAACUCACCCCGAAUGGCUAACAGAGGGGCGAACAAUCCUGAUCCGGAACAAUCCUUCAAACUACCGAACAAUAACCUGUCUCUCCACAACAUGCAGCAUUGCAACCAUAAUAAACCACCAAAGAAGUGAGAUUUUUUUUUCUAUCCUCAUGACCUUGUAACCUCAUGUGCAAAGUAACCAGUUUUCUUUGCUCCUUUCACUUUCACUAUUGGGACGUUUCUGAUAAAUCUCUCUCAUUCUGGUAACAAUUGUUUUUUCAGGUUGUGGCAAACACCUGAUAAACCAUCUUAUAUAAAAG